GCCGGAUAUGGCACAGCGUCGCUGGCCGGAUAUGGCCCGCGGGCCGUAGGUUGGGCAUCCCUUGUUUAGACGAUUUCUUAUGGUUUUCUUUCUGAUGUAACUAGUAUUCUACUCAGUGUCGUUGUGCUCUCGAAAAUUGAUUAUUGCAAUUUUCUAUUGGCUGGCAUUACCAAGUAUCUGCAGACCAUCUAGUCCUAAUUGUAUCUGCUGCAGCUGACCCAGGUCAGCCGAUCUUGAGAAACUGUUCAGAAAAUGUGACAAAAGGAGAGAACGUAACGUGCGAGUGUUCAUCAGAGCAUAACAGCGAGCCUCGCCCUGUCUUGUCAUGGCCUGGACACACAGACUGUUCCACUUUACAGCUGUCUGCCGUCGGAAUCAACAGGACAUACAUGUGCGAGAUGUUGUGGGGAAAACAAAAAAGAACGGUGUCUUACAGCUUUCAAAUAAUGACUGAUCCAGGUCAGCCGAUCCUUAAAAACUGUUUAAAACACGCGACAGAAGGAGAGAACGUGACGUGCGAGUGUUCAUCAGAGCGUGACGGCGAGCCCCGCCCAGUCCUCUCCUGGUUAGGACAGACAAACUCGUCCAUUUUACACUUAUACGAUGUCAGAAUCACUGAGACAUACAUGUGUGAGAUGACCUGGGGCGAGCAAAAAAGAAUGGUCUCCUACAUCUUACAAAUAAUAACCAACAAGGAUGGCUCGUAUAAACACACAGCUCCAUCGUCUUUGGUCCAGAUUAUCGGCAUGGUAGUGGCUGCUGUAUUUUUCCUCAUUAUAGUCAUCAUAAUCAUCAUGACUGCCAUCAUUAAGAUGAAAAGAUAUGUACAGACUCCAUUAAACCCUAAGGUUAAUGAGUUGGAACUCGUUGAAAACAUUUAUUACGGUGGCCUCAAGUCAGACAACAUGAGAGAAUCAGGCCUAAUAGACAAUGACCGCGUGGAUUCCAGGAACAGUGAGCAAACAAUACAAUCGGAUGUGGAGAAGGACGAAGGCAGAGAAGCACAGGCAGACCUGUAUGCCGUUGUCGAGAAGAACAAAGAGAAAGAAGAGGUGAAGGCAGAGCUGUAUGCAGCUGUGAUGAAGUCAAGCGUGAAGCAACAAGAACCAUCUCCUGGGAGAAGGAUAAAUAUCGUUAGUGAGGUAGACGUGUACGCCGUCGUCGAGAAGGGAGCUGAGCAAGAAACGUACGCCCAGGUGGUAAAAUUGUCUGAACAGUAAACAACAUUACUAAAUCUCUCAAAUAAUCAUUAUGUAAUCAAUGUAUGCAUCUAUACAUGUAAUAUAUUGUCGACUUAAUCACCAAAACAGUCUUCAGAAUAAUCCAAACUGCUAAUACAAUCACCCAAAGACUAAAAAUAAUCAUCAAAGCAGUGGCUCCAAUUACUCAAAAAGUAAAGGUGCACCUUGAAGCUAAAACCUUUAUAAGAUGUGCGCACAUCAGUCAAUGAGUUGUACAAAAAUGUGAAAUUAAAUGUUAUGAUGCUUGUAUGUAUGUUAUGAGCUUAUAUAUUGUAUCCAAGAUUUGUAGGAUUUAUUCCACCACGUUUACCACAUGUCACAUUAUUUACUGUGUUGUCGUUAACACUUUUUCGUAAUAGUGUGAGGUCUUGUAAAUAAGUUAUACUACUCUGUUUGCCAGAAGAUGUAAAGAGGAUUUUAUACAGAUUUAUAAAAGUGUCACUUUCUGUACAAAGUUUCUGGAGAUAUUUUGUGGCUUUAGUC